AUGGCGAAUUCUGACGACGAAGAUGCCUUCCUUUAUGGUUCAGAUGACGAGCAGCCGUCUGCCAAGAGGCAAAAGUUGGAACCAAAAGCCCCAGAACCAGCUGAAGAAAACAAAAAAGAAGAAACUCCAGCCCAAGACCUGGAAGACGAAGACGACGAAGAAGAGUCCUCAGAUGACGAUAUUGAGUUUGUCAUUGGCGACCUGGCGCCAAAAAUCAGUACCACCACUUCCACAAGCACAGCCACUGCUGCUUUGAAUGAUACAGUGGGAAGCACAGCAGAAGCUAAAGAAGGUGCUAGCGACCUGACAGGAGACAAAGCUGCUGGAAUUGAAGUUGCUAAGGACGAAGGAGCAUCUCUGGUGGAUAUCAACAAGGUGGCUGAGUUGGACGGCAAACCGCUUACUCAGGUUGACCUAAAUGAACUUAAAGAUAAGCCAUGGCGUAUACCUGGAGCAGAUAUCUCUGACUACUUCAACUACGGCUUUGACGAAUUCACAUGGACCGCAUACUGUCACAAGCAAGAUAAGCUACGGGGAGAGUUUAACCCACAGAAGGUUAUGGCCAAUAUGAUGGGAGGGUCGAAGGGCGGUAUGCCUAUGUUCCCCUUCCCCAUGCCUAACAUGGGCAAUAUGCCUCCAAACAUGAGCAACAUGCCUAUGCCUCCUAACAUGGGUAACAUGCCCAUGCCUCCUAAUAUGCAAAUGCCUCCAAACAUGCAAGGCAACGGUAAACAGCCUCCAAAGCCACCGGGCCAGAAUAAGGGCGGACCAAGACAAGGAAGAGGCUACAGAAACUCUCCGCAGCCUCCAAAGAGGUAA